AUGGAUCGUUGGCUUAACAAAUCAAGAAAUACAGUGGGAUCAUCCUCAUCAGAUGCAAAUGAAAAUAAAUGUGUCACACCGAGUUUUUGGUGCAGUAGCAGUAUUACUAACGAAUAUCAAUCUCUGGCUAAAAAAGCUAUCUUAGCACUUCUUCCUUUCGCAACAACAUAUCUAUGUGAAACCGGAUUUUCAUCAUAUGCAUCAAUGAAAACCAAAUAUCGUAAUAAAUUGGAUGCUGAAGCAGAUAUGCGUAUUCAACUCUCGCCUAUCAAGCCAAAUAUAAAAAUACUGGUCAAUAAAAAAAGCCAACAUCACGGAUCACAUUAA